AUGUCUGGAGGUAAAUCUGGUGGUAAGGCAGCUGUAGCCAAAUCUGCUCAGUCUCGUUCUGCCAAGGCCGGUUUGGCCUUCCCUGUCGGUCGUGUUCAUCGUUUGUUGCGUAAGGGUAACUAUGCUCAACGUGUUGGUGCUGGUGCUCCCGUCUACUUAGCUGCCGUUUUGGAAUAUUUGGCUGCUGAAAUUCUCGAAUUGGCUGGUAACGCUGCUCGUGACAACAAGAAGACUCGUAUUAUUCCCCGUCAUCUUCAACUUGCUAUCCGUAACGAUGAAGAAUUGAACAAACUUUUGGGUCAUGUUACAAUUGCCCAAGGUGGUGUUGUUCCUAACAUUAACGCUCAUCUUUUGCCCAAGCAAUCCGGCAAGGCUAACCCCAGUCAAGAAUUUUAA